GGAGGACUUCUAUAGAUACUACGACGAGUCAGCGGCAGAGCGUAGCGUCGGACAGUGUGUCACGUAGACAGCGGGCGAAAGCUAACAAGUGCCGACACGAAGCGAAGCUACGCGAAACGAAACGAAACGAAACCAACGAGAGAAAGCAGCGAGCGGUGAGCGCAAGCGAAAGAGAGUCGUCAGUCGUUGGCAUCCCUAAGGCACCCGCACCCCACUCGUUUGUUCUUCGACUGCCGUUCGGGUGGCAAUCGGCGCUGCUGCUCGGCUGGCAAAAGCUUUCACGGUCCGGACUAUUUGACGCAGCCGCCAAUUGGGACAAGAACAGUCGCCUGCGAUAAGUCGCCCACAUCGCCUCACGGUCUUCUUUUUUUUGUACUCGUUCCCCGCUCGAUCCAUCUGCCGCCUUUACCACACUUCACAUCGUAUUCUGCCGAUUCGCUGAGAGCUGAAAUUCGCGGCGAAAUAAUUUUAGCAACUUGUUAUCCGUCCAUGCCAUGCGCGAUAAAAUAUCACAACUAUUUUGCUUGCAAAAAAACGCAUGCAAAAAUAAUACAACAGAUAAUAGAGGACAUAAUGUGCCAACAAAAGCAGCGAACAACGGGACAAUGUGCGCCAAUGGGACUAUUGGGACAGAAGGGCCCGAAGCGACAGAGACCGACUCAUCAGGGACCGGGAGGAUGCGGAAGCCGCUGGAGAGGAAUGGCUCAACGCAGAACGACGCUGUUCACCUCGAGAGAAGGCUGGGCCUCUUCAGUGGGGUGGCUUUAAUUGUCGGAACUAUGAUAGGGUCUGGAAUAUUUGUGUCUCCCUCCGGUUUACUGGUUCGUACUGGUUCCGUUGGAGUUAGCUUUGUAAUCUGGCUUGCCUGUGGUGUACUCUCGCUUCUGGGCGCUCUGGCAUACGCUGAACUUGGAACGAUGAACACCUCGUCUGGUGCGGAAUGGGCAUACUUUAUGGAUGCCUAUGGACCGGCGCCGGCGUUCCUGUUCUCAUGGGUAUCGACAUUGGUGUUGAAGCCAUCUCAAAUGGCUAUAAUAUGCUUAUCAUUUGCACAGUACGCCGUUGAGGCCUUUGUGACAGAAUGUGAUCCGCCCAGGGGUGUCGUGAAGAUGGUCGCACUGGUGGCUAUUGUGAUGAUACUGUUCGUGAACUGCUACAGCGUUAACCUGGGCAUGGCCGUGCAGAAUGUGUUCACCGCCGCCAAGCUGGUGGCCGUCGUGAUCGUGAUCUGUGGCGGGGCCUGGAAGCUGAUGCAGGGCAACACGCAGCACCUGUCGAAUGCAUUUAAUGGACCGAUGCCUAACGUCGGAGCGAUUGCCACGGCAUUCUAUACGGGCUUGUGGGCCUACGACGGCUGGAACAACCUCAACUACGUCACCGAGGAGAUCCAGAAUCCCAGCAAGAAUCUGCCGCGCUCAAUCAUCAUCGGCAUACCGCUGGUGACGCUCUGCUAUGCGCUGAUCAACAUCUCCUAUCUGGCGGCCAUGUCGCCCCAGGAGAUGAUCGAGUCGGAGGCAGUGGCCGUCACCUUUGGCAAUCGCAUACUGGGCGCCAUGGCCUGGCUGAUGCCCCUGAGCGUCACCAUCAGUACGUUUGGCAGUGCUAAUGGCACUCUGUUUGCCGCUGGACGUCUCUGCUUUGCCGCCAGUCGAGAGGGUCAUUUGCUGGACAUUCUCUCGUAUGUCCAUGUGCGACGCCUCACCCCAGCCCCGGGCCUGAUAUUCCACUCGCUGAUUGCCUCGGCAAUGGUGCUGCAUGGCACGAUUGAUUCGCUGAUUGAUUUCUUCAGCUUCACCGCCUGGAUAUUCUACGGCGGCGCAAUGCUGGCCCUGAUCGUGAUGCGCUACACCAAACCCAACUAUCCACGGCCAUACAAAGUGCCGAUCAUCAUUCCCGUUGUGGUCUUGGUCAUAUCCAUCUACCUUGUGGCGGCCCCCAUCUUUGAGACGCCUCGCAUUGAGUAUCUGUACGCCCUGCUCUUCAUAUUUGCUGGCCUCAUCUUCUAUGUGCCGUUCGUCAAGCUGGGCAUGACACCGCGCUUCAUGAACAAGGUGACGCUGUUCUUCCAGCUGCUGUUGGAGGUGGUGCCCACCUCAUCGAUGGCCAUGUUCGAGUGAACAAAUGCUCAAAAAGGGUAAAACGUGUCAGAGAGACAAGCACGCAAACAUUCAAACAUUAUUAACUAUACAAGCAAGAAUACGAAGAAUAUAAGAAAAUAAGAAUACUAUUUGAAGUACAGAUGCGGUUGAGAGACACUCGCGAAGCAGGGGAAAGCAAAUAGCAACCUAUAUUGAUAUAUAUACUAUAUAUAUUGACGUUGUCGUUGACAAACAAAA